AUGGCAGUAGAGCUCCAAAUUGCAAGCCAUGGAAGAGAAUACAAUGGAAAGAUGACUUCUAUUGUGAUUCUAUCAUGUAUGGUAGCUGCCACUGGAGGCAUUAUCUUUGGUUAUGAUAUAGGAAUUUCAGGUGGUGUAACAUCUAUGGUGCCAUUUUUGGAGAAGUUUUUUCCUGAUGUGUACACUAAGAUGAAACAAGACAAGAACAUUAGCAAUUACUGCAAAUUUGAUAGUCAACUCUUAACAACAUUCACCUCAUCACUAUAUAUAGCUGGUCUUUUAGCAUCUUUUUUUGCAUCAUCGGUUACAAGAAUGUUUGGUCGAAAACCAUCGAUUCUUGUAGGUGGUGCUGCAUUUCUUGUCGGAGCAGCUCUUGGUGGUGCUGCUCUUAAUAUUUAUAUGUUGAUACUUGGUAGAGUUCUUCUUGGUGUUGGAAUCGGUUUUGCUAAUCAGUCAGUUCCAUUAUAUCUAUCAGAAAUGGCACUUCCAAGAUACAGAGGAGCAAUCAACAAUGGUUUCCAACUAUGUGUUGGAAUAGGUGUUCUAUCAGCAAACUUAAUCAACUUCGGCACAGAAAAAAUCAAAGACGGUUACGGCUGGAGACUUUCUCUAGCCAUGGCAGCAGUUCCAGCUUCAAUUCUCACAUUAGGAGCAUUUUUCCUCCCAGAAACACCAAACAGCAUAAUCCAAAACAGCAAAAACCAUCAAAAAGCAAAGUUAAUGUUACAAUCCAUAAGAGGAACAAACGAUGUUGAACAAGAAUUCGACGAUCUUAUUGAAGCAAGUAACGUGUCAAACUCUAUCAAACAUCCAUUCAAGAACAUCUUACAAAGAAAAUAUAGACCUCAACUUGUCAUGGCAGUAACUAUACCUUUUUUUCAACAAUUCACUGGAAUCAAUGUCAUUUCGUUUUACGCUCCUAUUCUAUUCCUAACCAUUGGAUUAGGCGAAAGUGCUUCACUUUUGUCCGCGGUUAUGAUCGGUAUCGUAGGUACUACUUCAACAUUCAUAUCAAUGCUGAUAGUCGAUAAACUAGGUAGAAGAGUAUUGUUCAUAUCAGGUGGAAUUCAGAUGUUUUUCUCGCAGAUUCUUAUUGGAAGUAUAAUGGCAUUUCAACUCGGCGAUCAUGGUGAAAUAAGCAAGAAAUAUGUAUACUUGAUUCUAGUUUUGAUAUGUAUAUAUGUAGCGGGAUUCGCUUGGUCUUGGGGGCCGUUAGGAUGGCUGGUUCCUAGCGAGAUUUUUCCAUUGGAGAUAAGAUCAGCAGCACAAAAAACGAAGAAUGUGCCUAUUGAGCAGAUGGAGAAGGUGUGGAGAGAACAUUUGUUUUGGAAGAGAAUUGUUGUAGACGAGUGA